AUGGCGCCUACAGCCGUCGACUCGUCCGCGGCGCUGCCGACUCCCGCUUCAGUGAAGCCUCGUUCGCAGCCUUCCCAGGCACGGGAAGUCGAUCGAUCUGUGUUCCCGGACGGCUUCAAGACCUCGGGCCAACACCCUCCUCUCUACGACAAGCUCUACCCGUACUCUGCGUUUCCGAAGGAAAUCAGCGGACCGACCGUCUGGUCUGCGGAAGAGUACGCGUCGCACCCGGAACAAUGGACACACAUCUUCUCCCCGGCCGAGAUCGCCGAGCUCUCGUCGGCGGCCGACGCAUUCCUCGCGCAGAACCUCCCCCUGACGGGGAUCAACCCGUCCAACUUCCCGCUGCCGACGAUGGCGCCCAGCCUGUCGGCGGUGCGCAACGAGAUCCUCAACGGCAAAGGGUUCAUUCUGUACAAGGGCUUCCCCGUGCGCGAAUGGGGCAACCACAAGUCGGCGGUCGCGUAUUUCGGACUGGGCACGUACAUCGGCUACCCGGUGUCGCAGAACGGGCGGGGCCACAUCCUGGGCCACGUCAAGGACCUGGGCGAGGACAGCACGCAGAUCGACAAGGUGCGCAUCUACCGGACCAACGCGCGGCAGUUCUUCCACGCCGACGACUCGGACGUCGUGGGCCUCCUGUGCCUCGCCCGCGCCGAGUACGGCGGCGAGAGCGACGUCGCCUGCGUCCACCGCGUCUGGAACAUCCUGCAGGCCGAGCACCCGGACGUGGCGGAGCUGCUGACCAGGCCCGUGUGGUACUUUGACCGCAAGGGCGAGGUCAGCGAGGGCGAGGAGCCCUACAUCCGCACGAGCGUCAUGUACCUCGAGACGCCGGCCGAGGACGACGGGCCCGCCGCCGCCGCCGGACGACCCGGGCCGGAGCAGAGGCUGUACUGCAAAUGGGACCCGUACUACGUGCGCAGCCUGACGCGGUUCAGCGACCGGGGCGUCAUCCCGCCCCUGAGCCCCGAGCAGGUGCACGCCCUCGAGACGCUCGAGGCCGUGUGCAACCGCGUCAAGCUGCACAUGGUCCUGGAGGUGGGCGACAUCCAGUUCGUGACCAACUCCCACGUCCUGCACGCCCGCACCGAGUACAGGGACUACCCGCCCGAGAGCGGCAUGCCGAGGAGACACCUGAUGAGGCUCUGGCUGAGCACCCCCGCCGACGAAGGCGGCUGGAGGCUGCCGUUCCACGACAGCAACGAGAGGAAGAGAGGAGGCAUCCAGGUCGAUGACACCCCGCCGGUCGCCAGGUUGGAUGCGGACUAA